GCUCAUGGAGUCCUCUCAGCCCGGCUCCACAGCUCUGGAGCUCUUGUCCUUCCACAACACGGCGCUGAGGAAGCUGCCGGUGGAUGACACAGAUGAACCCGGGUCCCGGACCGUCCCAGGGGCGUGUUUCUCCCGGAUCAGGACCCUCCAGCCGCUGCCCCGUCCCCACCUCGUGGCGCUGUCCCGGUCAGCACUGGCUCUACUCGGCCUCAGUGAUCGGGAUGUGUUGAGUGACCCUCGGGCUCCGGAGUAUCUGAGCGGAUCCAGGCUGCUGCCCGGCUCGCAGGCCGCUGCUCACUGCUACUGCGGACAUCAGUUCGGCCUGUUCGCGGGUCAGCUGGGGGAUGGAGCGGCCCUGUACCUGGGGGAGGUGGAGUCAGGCUCCCAGGGGCGAUGGGAGAUUCAGGUUAAAGGUGCAGGAGUCACACCUUACUCCAGAGAUGGUGACGGCAGGAAGGUGCUUCGCUCCAGCAUCAGAGAGUUCCUCUGCAGCGAGGCCAUGGCUGCCCUCGGGACACCCAGCACCCGUGCGGCCUCCCUCGUCACCUCUGACCUCUGUGUCAUGAGAGAUCCCCUCAACAGUGGCCAGCGGAUUCCUGAGCGAUGCUCGGUGGUCCUGCGCCUCGCCCCGUCCUUCAUCAGGUUCGGAUCCUUUGAGAUCUUUCUGGGCCGUGAUGAAUUCUCAGGCCUGCAGGGUCCCAGCGCCGGGCGGCAUGACAUUCGCGCUCAGCUCUUGGAUUACGUUAUUAACAGCUUCUUUCCUUCCAUACAACAGGAUCACAGCAACCGUAAAGAUAGAAAUAUGGCUUUUUUCAGAGAGGUGAUGACACGAACUGCUGAGCUAGUGGCCAAGUGGCAGUGUGUGGGUUUUUGCCAUGGCGUCCUUAACACAGACAACAUGAGCAUCUUGGGUCUAACUCUGGAUUAUGGCCCUUUCGGUUUCAUGGACCGCUAUGAUCCAGAUUUUAACUCCAAUGCCUCCGACAAAAGAGGCCGCUACUCAUACCAAGCCCAGCCAUCUGUGUGCCGCUGGAACCUGGCUCGCCUGGCUGAAGCAUUGGGCUCAGAGCUGGAUGCUGCUGAGGCAGGAGCUAUCCUCGAUGACUUUAUGCCCACGUAUGAGGCCUUCUACCUGAGUAUCAUGAGGAAGAAGCUGGGCCUGGUGAGCAGAGAGGAGGCAGAGGACAGAAAGCUCAUAUCAGACCUGCUGUGUGUCAUGCACAACACCGGUGCAGAUUUCACUAACACUUUCCGCCUGCUGAGCCGUGUCCCCUGGCCUGAGGAGGGCGACUGUGAGAGGGAAGCUGUGUUGCCUGUUGUGGACCUCAUCCUACACCAGUGUUCCUCUAUUGAGGAACUUAAGCAUUUGGGGGAAAAGUCUUACCGAGACAAUAUUGAAUUGGCGAUGAUUUUGUCCAUGGCACAAACCAACCCGGUCAUGUUUAGCAUGGCGGCAGGCAGCCCAGGUGUGGCCCAGCAGCUGGAGCGGAUGGGUCGGCUAAAGGAGCUGCUCGAGACGGAUCAAGAUGAGCUCAAGGAAAAGCAGCGUGACGACUGGGUUCGCUGGGUUAGUCGAUAUAGGAGGCGUUUAUCCAAAGAGUCUGAUGACGCGAGUAACUUGUCCUUCAUCAAAAAGCAGAGGCUCAGUGUGAUGAACAGCAACAACCCCCGGGUCAUCCUACGCAACUACAUUGCCCAGAAUGCAAUUCAAGCUGCAGAAAAAGGAGACUUCUCUGAGGUCAACAGGGUCCUCGAAGCUCUGGAGGACCCAUACUCUGACACAUCUGGACUGGAGCCUCUGGAUGGAUUUACUGCAUGUGGAGAAAAGGAGCAGAAGGAUUUGACUGUUGGCUAUGACAAGAAACCUCCUACCUGGGCUCAAAGGAUUUGUAUCACCUGAUCCUCAUAGAGCCUCUGAAGGAGGGAGGGAGGUCUGUUUUACGCUGGUUGAACACAUAGGCCACAGUUUUUGCGAUCAAACAAGACGUGGGUUGCCAGGUAGUGAUACCUUUGCAUCCAGUGUUGGUGUCCAUUCCCACCUCAGACUGUCUCUCCUGCCUCCUGAAGAGAGGGUGUUGUGUAACCUGGCGUGUUCCUGCGUUCAUCAGUAUGGCCAUAUAUCUUUGCUUUCUUUUAUGUCUUUCCCGCUGUGUGUUAAGGUGUCAAAGAGUAACACAACAGCAUCAUGACCAAAGUCAAUAAAUCAUUUUAGUUCAAAUAAUUCGGUGAAUUUCUUAAAGCUGAUUUGAUGCAAGUAUUCAGAGUAUGAAUGCACUGUAACUUAUAUGCAAACUGAAUUGGACGUACAAAAUGAAGUAUGACGGCUCAGAUGACCAGUCACACAGUGACCUGUCUGGGCUUGAAACACCAGGAACACGCUGACCUCAAUCAUUUACAGGUUUAUUAUGACCUGUUGUUUCUACACUGAAAUUGAAAUAAAUGAUC